AUGAUUACAGACAGGCGGGUAGUACACAACAAGCCUGACAUCCUGGUAUUGGAUCAGCUGGAGAAGAGGGCUUAUAUAAUUGAUAUUGCUGUACCUUCAGAUGAGAAUGCUCAGAAGACCAGAGGCGAGAAAAUCAGAAAAUACCAAGAGCUAUCAUUUGAGGUGAAGGAAAUGUAUGGGCUGAAUACAGUGAGAGUACUUCCAAUUGUAAUAACAGUCAAUGGCCUGAUACUCAAGUCGGUUGUGGAAAUAUGUCGAAGUAUUGACUUGGUAGACGAGGUGCUGAAGAGAAUGCAAAAAUCUGUCCUCCUUGACACUGCACGUAUUGUGCGCAAGUUCAUAAAAUAG